AUUUAUUUUUAUGUUUUAUCUUUUAUUCAUGACCCGCGGCCUAGUCCGAGGCGUUUUUACAGGGUUUCCUGACUACGGAGAUGAACCGUGAUGCAGCUUGGGGUUUGGAACACGCUUACCCAUUCCUGUGACAUUGCAACCCUUAAUAACCACAGGAAACCAGUCGAGAACCGCGGGUAAGAACGCCUGGAACUAGGCUGCAUGUAUUUGUCUCCGUGAUUCUGGAGCGGGGGUAUUUCUUCGCCGUGAAUCAUAAAAUUCUCCCAAUGUUUGCAAAUCAUGGAAAUGGUUUUACUCUAUUGUUGGUUGCAUAAUAUUAGAUGGACCGUUUUUUUGGAUAAUGGGAUUGUUUCCUACUUUAUAUUUUUUACCAAAUUCGAUAGAAAAUAUCGCAUUGUCUUCCCAAAAUCAGCCGAUGGAAAUGGAUGCUUUUUCACACUUAGUACUUUGCUGGGAUGACUAAACGGUGGCUGGCAGGGCUGUUUAAAAGGUUAAUGCAUAUUGCAAAUCUCGUGGCUGUUUUACGUCCUUUAAUGGGUAAUCGUGAGAUUUAUACAUAUUUUUUUGCAUUUAGUAAAAACAUGAGAGCUAUGGUUCCUUUCUGUCGUAGAACGGCGAACGUAUUAUGUUUUAUUAAUCAUUACAUGGUGCUCUUUGCAUUUUAAAUGGAUUUUAUGAAACCGACUUAAUAAGAAAAAUUAACAAAUCUAUUAUAAACAGCAGUGGACCUAUAAAAAGGAAAAUUAUAGAUGUAUAAAAAGACAGAAGACGUAAGUUGUACCAAAUCUACGCAAUUUAUCUAUCAUUCUUCAUCAAAAAAUACAUUCACAUAAAAAAAAACAGUACUACAACUAAUUUCAUACGUACUUAAUUACUUUAGCCUUUUCGGGCUAUAAAAUGUUACUAAUCACUAAGAUUUAAUUGCUUUUGGAAAUUAGAGAACUCCUCCCGGGCAAAACAAGGUAUUGUUUGCUUUUUGGUUCUUAUAUUUGUAGCGAAGGCGAGGAAACUCACAAAACAUCUAGCUUGAGCUCGUAUUUGAAUUGAAAAUAGACGGCUGUUGCAACGAUAAUGGAAUACAUUAAACCAAACAUUUAAGAAGCUUUUUUCAUUCACUUUAUCGACUCUCCCAUAGUGUUAAAUUGCCAAAUGGGAGGACUUCUUCAUUUUAAUUGGACGUGGAAUGGCACUAUAAUGACCUCUUCGCUUUUAAUGUUGUUUGGCAAGUGAAUUAUAACAGGGGAUUUGAAGCAGGAGCAUGUUAGAGCAAACCAACUAGUGGCUUCUUUGUGGUUUAACUCAGCUGUUUUGCAUCGUUAUACACAAGAGUGAGCGAAAGGUUGGUAUUAAACGAUUAGCAACCGAUACAUAAAUUCCCGAAAACUAAUCUUUUAACCAAGGUAUAGAAGAAGUCAAGACCCGAAACCUACUUUUCCGAGGUCCCGGUGCCAAGAAGGAAAACCCGUUAGUUUGACCCUCGUUAAUGGUCAAGAUUGCGUUCGUAUAAAAAACAAACAGAAAUUGUCCAUUCGCUUGCCUGUCAAACCUUUAAACUGUCUUAUCUGUUUGAGAGAGAAUCACAAAAGGCAGCAAAAGCACGUUUUCAUGAUAAGAAGGCUUACAGAAGAAGUCUUUAAAAUUAAAGGGGAUAAUUGGCAAGCCUGGAUCGACGAGCAAAAAGGCCAAAGACGGUAUUAGAAGCAAGGAAGAAAUUCCUGUGAUGAUCCCAAUUUGUUGACCCAACAAGCGAUUUGGAGACCUCAGCCAAACGGAUUCAUAGGAAAGGAUCACAAAUUACAGUGGUUGUGGUGCGAACACGGCCUUACUAGAAAAGCCAUCCACAAACGACAUGGCAGGACAUGGACUAGGGGUAAUUAUUCCUUUGAGCAUCUUAGCUGUUGCCAUUGUCAUUCUAAACAUUGCCGUUUGUGUGUUUGUUUGCAUCAAUAAGGCCCUACGCACGCAUACUAAUGGGUUCAUCGUCUCCCUCGCGAUCAGCGAUGUACUCGUGGGAGGUAUAUUGUUCCCACUGUAUAUGUGUAAUCCUACAGCGGAGGCAACUGGCUAUCUCGUGUCAGUCAUUCUUCUAUCAGGAGUGGCCAAUCUGCUAGCCGUGACCUACGAUCGUUACAUUGCCAUAGUCACGCCUCUUGGGUAUCUAUACAAAAUAUCCAAGUAUUUUAAAAGGAUUGUUUUCACGUCCUGGGCUCUCCCAAUCGCUUACUCUCUACUGCCUCUCAUUUGGCGAACCAAUAUCUACAGCAAAGAGCAUAAAGUAUACCUUCUAAUAUUGCAGCUGUUUGGCGUCGUGGUACCGUUUCUCCUUAUCGUAUUCGCUUACUGCAGGAUUUUCUACACAGUCAGGAAAAGCCUCAAACUUAGAAAACGAUUACCGCUCACAACGAUGAACAACACACGAGGUGAACAAAGGCGAGUCUCGACCGACGCCCGAGUGGCGAAAGUGUUCGCGGUUGUGUCGGUGACGUUCUUGUUGUCCUGGCUACCGGUGAUUUAUAUCACGACUGCUGAUCUGAUUGGCCGCCCGGACCUCAUUCCGCUUGUUCUAGCGGAUAUCUCGUUCUUUACUAUUGCACUCAGCUCUCUUUUGGAUCCCUUAGUCUAUUCAUUCCUGAAGCCCGAUUUUAGACGCGCGAUCUUAGCGAUUUGGCGAGGAAGGUCCGAACAACAAUCGGAGAGAGUCGGAUGCCAUUCGGAAGUUGUGACAAUGACACCAUUGCGCCGGUUAUAAGAGGCUUGGUAAUGUCGUAGGGGAUUUAUAAAUGACUUUUAACAAAUUCGAUCCUACACUGCCUCAAACCGGCCAUGAAAUGAACCGCGAAGAAUUUUUGAAUAAAUACCUCCCCCGAAUAAGCGCUCCAAGAUAAGGUAUAAAAAUAGAUGGUUUUUCAAUUUAAAGCGUUAUAGGGUCGAGCUAAGAAGUAUCCAAGCACAAACACAACAAACUGAUCCAGUGUUUUUAAUAAAAAUUAUUUCUUCCAGCGCACCUCAGACCUUAACGAUAGGUAGAACAAGCUUCAU